AUGCACUGGUUUCCGUUGUUUGCGCUAGGGCUGUCCGCUUUGAUCGCGAGCGGUGAGGCAUGGGGCCAUAUCUCUGCGGAGGAGCUUCAGUCGACGAUCCAGAAUGAUGUGGCGGUCGUAGCAUUUGUGGUCCCUGGAGAUGAGAGAACCAAAUAUCUGGAGCCAGAAUGGUAUCAAGCAGCAGCAGAAGCCCAGGUACAUAUAGCCAGCAUCGACUGCGCCGCGAGUCCAAACGCCUGCGCUUCGCACGGCGUCUCAUCAACCACGACAGCCAAGCUCUACAAGAACGAAGAACCCACAUCGACCUACCAUGGCUCCCGAAGAGCCUCAGCGAUUCUCGCCUGGAUCAACAGAGUACAGCGCCCGCCAGUAACAGAAAUCACCGCAAACUCCCUCGCCGCCUUCAAGGCAGCCGACGAGACAGUCUUCAUCGCAUACCUAAGCACCGACGGCGAGAGCGAGAGCGCCAGCAAGACAGCCUUUGUCCAGACAGCAGCGAAAUACGCAGAAGAGUUCACCUUCGGCCUCCUAGCCACCGACGCCGCCGCGCUGGAAGCCGAAGGCGUCAAGGCGCCGCCGCUGGUCAGGUGCUACAGGCCGCUCGACGGCGACACGCACGACCUCGAUGGAUUUGAAGAUACGGCUGCGCUGGAGAAGUUCGUCGUUGAGGCUUCGCGGCCUGUUAUUGGCGAGCUGCUGCCGCAUAAUCACCAGCGGUUUUUGGACCGCGGCUGGCCCAUCGUCUACGUCUUCGCACGCACCGCAGCCGAGCGCGCCGCGCUGCGCACCUCCCUCGCCGCACUCGCGCGCAGCCACUACGGCAGCCUGACCAUAGUGACGGCCGACCCCUUGGACUUCCCAUCGCUUUUAUCCGAGCUAGGACUGGCCGGGGAGGCAGAGCGGGAGACAUCUUUAUCAUUCCCGGCCGGCGCCGUGCACCAGCUGUCGACCGGCCGGAUCUACCGGUACCCGCGGGGCCGCGGCAUCACGGCGCGCGAGCUGCAGGGGUGGGGUUUCGACGUCUGGCAGGGGCGGGUCAGGCCGUGGACGCCGCCCGGUGUUUUGACGCCGCCGCCGGAGGGAGGCGACGAGGAUCGGAGAGGAGGUGGAAUUGCAGGGCUUGGGAAGGUGGGUGGGCGCAUUGGGGCGACGCGGAAUGUGAGGGUUAAUAUCCCCGGGGUCAAUAUUCGGGUGGGCGGGCGUGAUGAGCUUUGA